AGACACAGUAUAGAAUAAAUGAUGCGUAACAAAAUAUUUAUAACUAGACUAUUCUAAGCCAAUAACAGAAGAAACUUGGGCACUGGAAUAUGUGAGUGAGUUGAAAAAACGCCGAACUUCCACAGCCAGUACUAAUUAGACCCCCUUGCGUCAAAUGUUGUUGAAUUGUAUCCCUUCAUUUGAAAGAUAAAUCUCCUUUAAAAAUGCAACUACGACCUAUAACACUAGCAAUUUGAUCUGUCGCGGCAUUAUCAUCAAACCGAUUGUUUAAGUCUAAGAAUGACUUGUAUAUUACACUUACUCUUUUUAUAAGUUCCACAGCCUUGCCGUUAAAACCAGUUGACUACUUUCCCCACCUCUGCAACCACUUAACAAUUCCGCCAUUUCAAGUCCUUGCAUAAACGUUCAUGGCAAGUGUGUUCACCCCAGGAGAUAGGGCUAGGUAUCUUGAACGCAUGAUUAGCUAUGAGUUCAAUGACAAAACCCUUGUAAACCAUGCCCUGACUAGUGCUGGAUAUGCUCUACCUGUUGACGGAAACAAAGAUCUAGCCAUGGUCGGAGAUGCGGUUUUGAAGGUCGUUCUGGUGACAGAUGGAUACACUCGAGGACAAAUCAACGACGUUGUUAGUACAAAAGGAAGCAAAGUCUCCCUUGCCGAAGCAGGUUUUCGUAAUGGGCUAGAUGGCUUCAUUUAUGUAAAUCCCGCUCAAGGAGGCCAUGUAUCUGAUGGGGUGAUGGCGACCGCCGUCGAAGCGAUUUUCGGUGCCGUUUAUAUCGACAGCGGACGCGACAUAACCCCUGUGGAGCGAGCAAUAGCAGCUUUUCAGUUGGCUUGGUCCAGUGAGCCGUUUUCUUAA